AUGGGUGAUAUCGAUUUUGAUUCUCACUCAAAAAAUGAUGAAAUUACUCAGAAAAUGGCCGGAUUGCUUCUAAAAGGAUGGACUAUGCUUUCCGACAACUGUACUAGGUGUACUGAAGUCCCUCUGAUGCGUUCUAGGGAUGGAAGCUCUGUUUGUUGCAAGUGUUCCGCUCGAACUCCUUCCAAUGUUAGAGAUAAAAGGAAUGAAUUUUCCUAUCCUGACGAAGUGAAUACUAGUAGACUGGACCCUUACGUUCCCAUUGGUGAACUAAAUUUAAAUGGAAUUGAGCUAAAUUCUAUACACAGUGGCAACGAUAAGCUGGUUCCCAAUGGAGUCAAGCCUGUUGAGAACAUGUUGCAAAGGCAGAAUUUCAACUUUGAACUGGGACAGCUCCGCCUCCUCGAGGUUCAAGUUAACAAGCUGUUGUAUAGGUAUCUGAGGUAUUCCAAUAUGCUGAAUUCUGGCGAUCGCACAGUUGACCUUGAUUUGUAA